CUUCGCUUGGCGGUUCUCCCUCCAUGCUGACGAUGGCCGGCGAACACCUCACCGCGGCGGAGCUACGCGCGCGCAUCGAGGAGCAGCGCGCCCUGCGGGUCACCCUACAGGAGGAUCGGUCCACCCUUACUCGCGAACUCGAAGAGGCGAAGGAGCGGCAGCAGCUGCGGCGUGAGCUGGAGCAAGAGAGCCGCAUCAACGCUGGGAUUCGCGCUAGCAAUGGCGUCAAGGGGAGAAUCCGCAUUCGCAUCGACAACGACGAAGCGGGGGACCUGGACGGCACACCUCAGCAAACCGAGCAGAAGCCGAAGCCGGCUCCCUCCUCCACUCUGGCCAAGUCCACCGUGUCGUAUGCGAGCGACGUGGUGAAGCGCGAGUAUGUCUGGGAGGUGCAGGGCCUGUCCUGGCUCGAGCAGCAGCUCACGCAGGAGGGGCGCGAGUGCACCAACAGCGAACUCUUUGAGGUCGACCGCACGGACGAGUGCUCGACGUACAUGCUCGCCUUCAGCCCGCGCGGCGGCAGCCUGCAGCACGAGAUGGAUGAUCAGUUCGAGAUGUUCGUCGACGACCUCUGCGGCACCCUUGCGCUCAUUCGUUGCGCUGACAACUACGGCACCAACCUCUGCUACCGCUUCUUCGUGCGGGAUGCGAGUGGAGAGUUCCAGCCGCUGGGGGACACGACGCGAGUGGCUGUCCCUGCGCGCGGCGAGUCGUUCUGCUUCGUUGGCGGUCCCGAUUUGGAGACGGAGUCGAAGGGGCUCUUUGGCCUGUCCUUCGACGAGCUUCUCGGCAGCGAGUGGGUCAAGGACGACUCGAUCUGCUUCAAGGUUUGCAUCGAGGAGGCUGCCAUGAAGGACCACCCCAGCCAGGGGCUGGUCCGUGUGGGGCAUCACGCAUCGAUCUACGAGCACACGCCGCCGUCGGUCGAGGUGCCGCCCCCCACGCUCAAGGCAGACUUCCUCUCUCUCCUCACAGAGGGGCGCCACUCCGACGUCACCAUCGAGGCCGUCUACGGCGAGGCUUCGCCCGUGACCUUCAGCGCGCACACAAACAUCCUCAGCCAGCGCAGCGACGUCUUCGCGGCCGCCUUUGCGCACGAGAUGCGCGAGAGCACCACGCGCACACUCACGGUGACGGACGUGCCGCCGCCCGCGCUCAAGGCGCUGCUGCACUUUCUGUACACGGACGACUUUGACGAGGUGCAAAAGGUGCUGCGCGAGGAGGGCUCGUCGGAGGCUUCCUCCUCUUCGGGCGGCGCCUCCUCAAGCGGCGCCUCUGGCGCGGCGGAGCAGAGCAUCGCGCAGCUGCAGGCGGUGCUCGCCGCGGCGCACAAGUACGGCGUGCUGCGGCUGCUGCGCUGGGCGGAGGGGCAGCUGUGCGACAAGCUGUCCUGCGAGAUGGCGUGCUCGCUCCUCAGCCUCGCGCACGUCUACGGCGCCACCGAGCUCGAACGCAACUGCCUCGCCUUCAUGAAGGCCAACAUGGCGCAAGUUGUCAAGCGCGCCGACUUUGCGGCCCUCGCGCGCGAGGCCCUCGUCAAGUUCCACAUGCAUUGCGCGGGCGUCGACCCGGCGGAGGAGGAGCCGGGCCGCAAGCGCAAGCGCGACGGGGAGUAG